AUUGUACGCAGCACGCAGGUGCGCGCGCUCCACAUCUGCGCACUGCUGUGCGAGCGAGAUCGACGCCUGCGCAGGAGAGGGGAGGCGGUCGCUGGCUGAUCCUUCGGUCAGGCCCAGUUCAGAGCGGCUCCUCCCUCUCCCGGGUGCCAGCCCCCCCCUUCCCCUCCCCGGCAGCGCUGCUGCUACUACACCGGGUAGGUUUCCAGUCACUAUGGCGGCUGCGGCUGGGAAGGUCAGAAGAAAGUUUUCGUUGUCGGCGGCCGCCUCAGAACGACACUGAGCGGGAGGCAUCCGGGCCCGGCCUCCAGGCCUCUCCCGUAGCCGGAGCAGGGCCAGCCCCGCUGGGCCAGCGGAGACCCUGCUCCUCAGGAGAGAGCGACAAACGGCAUCCCGAUGCGCAGCCACCUGCGGAGACCCUGAGCGGAACAGAUCCCUCCCCCUUUGGCCGGGCGGCGGGAGACCUGACUUACUGUAGCUAGCCCCCGUGAGAGACACCCCCUGUCCUCCUAAGGCAGCCCGCCUCACUGAGACAUCCCCCCCAUCUGAGGGGCGAUCCCUCCUUCUGUCAGCCCAACCUUCGUGAGCUCCUGCAAACCCCCUGUCUGCCACCUCUCCUCAGAGUUGAGGAGGCCCUCGCCCCUUCAGUUCGUCCUGCAAGACCGUUCCUCUGUUUCUCCCCGGGUGGAGAACAGUUUGAAGCCCUUCUCCACCCUUUAUCAAAUUCCCUACCUGAGUGACCGAUUGAAACUCUAGCCUCGGGUCGGUUUUUUUCUGGUGUAGGGGAAGAGAACAGUGUAGCUUUGCUACCUCUAGUCGAGGACCACCCACCCUACUUUAUCUUACUGUCUGAAGAAGAUGAAAUGUGGACUGUCAUGUGGAUCAACUAAACGGACUGUCUUUUGUGGAGCGAAUGCUUCAUACGCAGUCUCCAACUCUUGAUCUGGGCUCUGAGGCUGGCUAGACGCUAAACCUUUUUUAUCCCCUGACCCCAGCCCCCUAAAUCUUUUUCCUUGUUUCAUGCUGCAUUGGUCAAAAUUUUGGUAAGUGCUGUUUACGGAAGAAAAAAAAAAAGAAGGCAGUCUGAAUCCUCAACACAAGUAUUUGUGUGUGACUCAUCUACUUGGAUUUAAAGACAUCUCCACCUUCUUCUUCUUACUUCUCUUCUGCGAAGUCAGAUGUUUGUUCCUGUUCUUCCUGAUGAGCAUGGAUUGAAAUUUGCACCUGCUAGAUUUUUUUCAGGGUGCCGCUGAUACUAUUAAAGGACAUAAUGGGGCUUUUUCACUGGAUUCUUGCCAGGAUCAGUUUACACACUGCAACAAUGAGUUGUUAGACAUCUCAUGUACAGGUAACAUUUGUCCUGCUUUAAUGUAAAUUUGCUGGGGAGAUUUGGGAUAAAAUUUUGUGGAAGGCAGUCUGGAUCAGGAAGAGUUUCUCUUCAUCCCUGUUUGGCGUGACAUCCCCAAUCUGUCCUCGAUGCCUUCAGCCUUGGCUAUCUUCACUUGCCGCCCGAACUCUCACCCAUUUCAGGAGCGUCAUGUCUACCUGGACGAGCCUGUCAAAAUCGGCCGUUCCGUGGCUCGCUGCCGGCCAGCUCAGAAUAAUGCUACUUUUGACUGUAAGGUGCUGUCCAGGAACCAUGCCCUUGUCUGGUUUGACCACAAGACAGGCAAGUUCUAUCUUCAAGACACUAAGAGUAGUAAUGGUACCUUCAUAAACAGUCAGAGAUUGAGUAGAGGAUCUGAGGAAAGCCCACCAUGUGAGAUUCUAUCUGGUGACAUCAUCCAGUUUGGUGUAGAUGUGACAGAGAACACGCGGAAAGGUAAGGUUACCCAUGGAUGUAUAGUCUCCACAAUAAAACUAUUUCUCCCAGAUGGUAUGGAAGCCCGGUUACGGUCAGAUGUCAUCCAUGCUCCAUUACCAAGUCCUGUUGACAAGGUUGCUGCUAACACUCCCAGUAUGUACUCUCAGGAACUGUUUCAGCUUUCUCAGUAUCUACAGGAGGCCUUACAUCGGGAACAAAUGUUGGAACAGAAGUUGGCCACCCUUCAGCGACUGCUUGCUGUCACACAGGAGGCUUCAGAUACUAGUUGGCAGGCUUUAAUAGAUGAAGACAGACUACUAUCAAGGUUAGAAGUCAUGGGAAACCAAUUACAAGCCUGUUCAAAAAAUCAAACAGAAGAUAGUAUACGAAAGGAACUUGUAGCAUUACAGGAAGACAAACACAACUAUGAGACAACAGCCAAAGAGUCCCUGAGGCGGGUCCUUCAGGAGAAAAUUGAGGUGGUCAGAAAACUCUCUGAAGUGGAGCGAAGUUUAAGUAACACUGAAGAUGAAUGUACUCACCUGAAAGAAAUGAAUGAGCGGACUCAGGAAGAAUUAAGAGAAUUAGCAAACAAGUACAAUGGAGCUGUAAAUGAAAUUAAAGACCUCUCUGACAAACUAAAGGUGGCAGAAGGAAGACAAGAAGAAAUCCAACAGAAGGGGCAGGCAGAGAAAAAGGAAUUGCAACAUAAAAUAAAUGAAAUGGAAGAGCGAGAACAAGAGCUUCAGGCAAAAAUAGAAGCUUUGCAAGCAGAUAAUGAUUUCACCAAUGAACGGCUAACUGCUUUACAAGUACGGUUAGAACACCUUCAAGAGAAAACUCUUAAAGAACACAACAGCUUAGGCAUACAAGUUGAUGACUUCAUACCUAAAAUUAAUGGGAGCGCAGAAAAAGAGCACUUUCUUUCAAAGAGUGGAGGGGACUGCACUUUUAUUCAUCAGUUCAUAGAGUGCCAGAACAAGUUCAUAGACGAAGGACAUCUAACCAAAGUGGAAGAAACAAAGCUUUUGAGAGAAAACCAAGCAAGAGCAAAAGAAUCUGAUUUGUCAGAUACUCUUAGUCCAAGCAAGGAGAGAAGCAGUGACGACACUACAGAUGCCCAAAUGGAUGAACAAGAGCUAAAUGAACCUAUUGCUAAAGUAUCUCUUUUAAAAGAUGAAUUGCAGGGUGCACAAUCAGAAACAGAGACUAAACAAGAAAUUCAGCAGCUGCACAAGGAGCUGAUUGAAGCCCAAGAGCUAGCUAGAACAAGUAAACAAAAAUGCUUUGAACUUCAAGCACUACUGGAAGAAGAGAGAAAAGCAUACCGGCUGCAGGUUGAGGAGUCCACCAAGCAAAUACAGUUUCUGCAAGCCCAGCUGCAUAGGUUGCAGGAAGAUAUUGAGAAUCUUCGUGAGGAAAAGGAGAAUGAAAUUUCAAGCACUCGAGAUGAAUUGCUAAGUGCUCAAGAUGAGAUUCUGCUACUUCAACAAGGGGCAGAAAAAGCUGCAUCAGAACGAGACACUGAUAUUGCUGCUUUGCAAGAAGAGCUGCAGGAGGUGCGGGCUGAACUUGAACGUUGGCGGAAAGAAGCCUCAGAAUACGAAAAAGAAAUUGUCAAUCUUCAAGCCAGUUUCCAGCUGCGAUGUCAGCAGUGUGAGGAUCAGCAGAGAGAGGAAGCUACUCGUUUACAAGGUGAACUUGAAAAGUUGAGAAAGGAGUGGAGUGAUUUAGAAGCUGAAUGCCUCUCCUUAAAGAAUGAGAAUACUUUGCUUGCAUCUGAACUUCAGCGACAAGAGAAGGAGCUUCAUAGUUCUCAGAAACAGAGUUUAGCGCUAACCAGUGAUCUAAGUGUUCUUGAAAUGACCCGAAAGCAACUUGAAAAUCAAGUGGGAUCUUUGAAGGAACAACAUCAACGUGAUGCAGCUAGUCUAAAAACUCUACUCAGUGAAGCUGAGAAUCAAGCAAAGGAUGUUCAGAAAGAGUAUGAAAAGACACAGACUGUACUCUCAGAGCUGAAGUUGAAGUUUGAGAUGACUGAGCAAGAAAAGCAAUCAAUCACAGAUGAGCUCAAACAAUGUAAAGACAACCUGAAGCUGCUACAAGAAAAAGGAAACAAUCCUUCCAUAUUACAACCCGUCCCAGCCGUAUUCAUCGGCCUAAUCCUGGCUUUCCUGUAUUGGUGUUACGGCCCAUUGUGGUAGAGAAAGAGACAAUGGCCUUGGAUACCUCUGAUGGCAGCUUUGGUUGCUGUAACAGCUGUGGUGCUGUACCCAGGCCUAACCAGAGCUUCUCCAUGAGAACUGUUGUUGAAUCCAUUCACCGUCCUCCCUUUAGAAGCUGGCAUCAUUCACAUACUGGGGAAAAACAGAUUAAUUCUCUUCCUUUUUACCUCUUAAUACAACAAAGCUCUGCGUGAGAACAGUAGUAGGGUCAUUGCUUUAAACUGUAUAAAAUGUAUCUGUCUAUAAAGAGGGAAUAAAAUUAUGACUUCAUUCUACUGUGAGCAAUAUUUUUGCUUACAAUUUCAUGUAAUUUUUAAAUUAGUAUGUUGGGAUUCUAAAUACUAUUAUGGUGGCCUAAAGUAGGCUUCUUGGUACCAAAUUAUUUAUAAUGGGUAGGUUUGUGGAUAUUUUACUUUAGAAUCUGAUUGCCAGAUUUAAAAGAAAAACACAUUUCUGAUUUGGAUGCCCAUGUCAAAUAACCUUACAGAUACUUGGAAACAGAAGCAGUAUGCUCAGUGCCUUUCAGUUUGAAAUAUUUUUUUUACAUUUAUGUACCAUUUUUACUUGCUGCAAGUCACUGAGCUAGUGGGAACAAGACUUAAAAUAACUUCUCUUUCCAGGCCUUUUGAAGGAAACAGAUAUUUUGCUUCAGUAAUGAUUCUGUUUUAUUAAUAAUUUUGGGAAUAAAUACAAUUCCUUUCCAGCCUUAAAGAGAUAGAUAAGACAUUGGAUGGCAAACACCUGCCUAGGAUAUUUUGUGUGUGCGUGUGGGAAUGUGUGCUUGUGUGUGUUCUUGAGUGAACUAAGGUAUUUCUGGGAGCAAAAUCUUGGUCAUUUGAUGGACGUAGUGCAGUGAUCCAAUUUAUAUUACCUUUAGUUUGAAAGUAAUUUAUUAAAUUUCAUAUAUUUAAAGAGACACAUUCUUUAAAAUUCGAAUAUUUUCACACGUAUCACAUUUUAGCAACUUAUUUUUUCAGUCAUUUAAUACUUUCAAAACUGAACUGGAGAAAUAUUAUUUCUCUAUUUAGGUAAGUUUUUAUUGAAAACUUCAAUAUGGGAGGUGCUACAAUGCAUCUAUGGGUAACUGAAAAAAUCCAAGAUAGGCAAGCUAUUGCCAAGUUAGAGUCAUCUAACUGGUCAUGUAUGCAUCAAGUUAAUAAGCUGAGAGUGUUUACUUUUGGUAAUUAGAAACUUUUGCAUCAACAUUACAUGACACAAUAUGCAUAAUAUAGCUUCAUACAGUGGUUCUCAUUAAAAAGUUUAUUUCCUAGUUGAAGGGUGGCAACUGUUGUUAGUUAUUGACUUUUUGAUUGGGUAACUACUGUAGUUAAACAAUGAAUUAAAUGUUGGCUAUAGUUGUCUUGUGCAACUCAACAGUUCAGUUAAAAAAGUUUUAUUAAGGUUCUAUAUAAUAUACUAAAGGAUUGCAAAGUAAAAUGAAUUCAUCUAAUGGAAAUUUAAGAAUAGGAAGAUAAUCUCAGCGAAGAUUUAAUUGGCUUUAAAAUAUUUAAUGGCAAUCAACAGAUAUAGUUGAAUAUUUAAAUAGAAUUUUAGCAUAUAAUUUGCCUUGUGAGGUUUUGAGGGUCAUUGUCCUUUAAUUAAAGGUUCUAUCUUAAAAUACUUGGGAUUUGCUAAUGGGAGGAUUAUUAGAUUUAUGGAAGAAUAAGUCCACAAGUGACUUUUAGACUAUAAUAUUGGGUCACCUAGUUAACAUUUCAUCUUUUUCAGUUGCAGGAAGCCACCCAAUCACAAAACACUCAUAUGCCAGUGGUACUCGGUACCUCUUGUAUAUAUAUUAUUGCAAAUAUUGUUCUGAAAUGCUUUACUUCAGAAUUACAUUUUUUAAAGUAAAUAAUUGUUUUAAAUCUAUUUUGUAAAGGUAUAAAAUACAAUAGAAUUUCUCGAGUACAGAUUAAACUAUUUGCACUAACACACGUGAUGUGCAUGAUUUAAUAAAAUAACUUUACUCUCCGUA